AAACUCUUCUCUACAUAUUUCAAGGUUGGCAGCAUGGAAAAACUAAAAAUACUGACAAGUGAUUUUGUAAUUUAUCCACUGUUAUUCCACCAGUUCAUCACGCGUAAACGCACACAUAUAAAUAAGUGUAUAUGACAGCCUGUUGAAAAAUAAUAAAAAUAAAAAAAAAAUAUAAAACGAUAUUGUGAACUGACUCCUACUCCACAUAGAAAGCUGUUUUGACGUUUCCAUUUUAUUUUGUGUACGUUGGAUAAAUCGAUAAUAAAUAAUUAAUUGUUUUGUGUUCUUUUAACAAACGUCAGGUCAUGAGAAGUAUAUAAUUACAAUUGUUACUGAUAAUAAAAUAAAGCAAAGUGCAUAAUCAUUUAACGUAUAAAAACAUAUUAGUUUAAAAUAUCAAGAUACCAAAAUGCCUAUUUUAUACAGUCUUGUGUCUAGAGGAGUCACCGUGUUCGCUUAUCAUGCCACUUGUGCCGGUAAUUUUGAAGAAGUUACAGAAAAAAUAUUGGCACAAAUACCUCCCAAAAAUAAUAAGAUGACUUAUUCUCAAGGAAUUUAUCUUUUUCAUUAUAUUUGCGAGGAUUCUCUUAUUUACAUGUGUAUAACUGACGAUAAUUUUCAAAGAUCCAGAGCAUUCCUGUUUCUUAACGAGAUAAAACGUAGAUUUUUAACUGUUUAUGGAGAGGGAGCUCAAACUGCCAUGGCUUAUGCCAUGAAUACAGAAUUUAGUAGAGUUUUAGCUAACGAAAUGAAACAUUAUAGCGAAUCCAGGGACAUUGAUACUAUUUCCAAAGUUCAUGGAGAGCUUGACGAAUUAAAAGAUAUUAUGGUUAAGAAUAUAGACCAUUUAGCAACGCGUGGAGAAAGAUUAGAACUUUUAAUUAAUAAGACUGAAAAUUUAACUGCGAGUUCGGUUACAUUCAGAAAGACAAGUAGGAACUUGGCACGUUCACUGUUUUGGAAAAAUGUUAAGAUUUAUGUCAUUAUAGGAGUGGUUUUAAUAAUAGUAGUUUAUGUCGUGGUGUCAAUAGCGUGUGGAGGAUUGGGUUGGCAAAAGUGUGUUGGAAAUUAGAUGCCUGAAUAAUGAUCUGAAAAAGUUGUGCCUAGAAUACGUUACUUCAUAUGAAAUAAAGAAAAUUUGGGAUGAUUAAGAACGAUGUCAAAUAUGGAAGGCCUUUGUUAGGACGAAAAUGAACUGCAUCGUCUUUUAAAUCAUACUAAAUAUUAUAUAUAUAAAUACACAUAUACAUAUAUUCUAUAUUUAUUUGUUAUAUUUUAAGGACACAAACAUUUCUUACUAUAAAUAUUUAGGUAUUAUGAAAUACUCGCAUAAAUUACAUGUAACUUAGCAUAGUUUAUUGAUUAAUUAAUAUAUAUUAUAUCGAUUAUUUGUAUAUCGUCAGUCAGAG